AUUAAACUUCAGAGCCAGAACAAGAGUCCGACACAAUCCGAGUGAAUGAUCCACCGACUCCAGUCUCCGUAAACAAGCCAUAAGGAAAUGAAAUGCAGAAUGCUAAACCACCUCAUCUUGACUGCGACGCUGCUGUUUAUAAUCAAAUUGGGAGCCAGUUGCCCCACCCCAUGUAUAUGCAAGUGGAAAUACGGAAAGCAAACGGUCGAGUGCAUAGAUAAGGAUCUCCUUAUUAUACCCGAAGGGAUGGAUACGGGGACCCAAGUGCUGGAAUUUUCCGGCAACAACCUCCAGUUGCUGCAGUCUGAGAAAUUCCACAGCAUGGAUUUGAUUAAUUUACAGAGAAUUCAUCUGGCACGUUGUCGCAUAACGAGCAUAAACGAUCGCACAUUCAAGGGCCUGACGAACCUCGUCGAAUUAGAUUUAUCCGGUAACUUGCUGGAAGCGAUUCCUUCCGAAAGCUUCCUCGAUUGUCCUUCAUUAAUGAGACUGACUCUGAGCUCGAAUCCUAUCAAGAUUGUACGCAGAGCGGCCUUCAGCCAUCUAUCUCUCUUGAACACGCUCGAGCUGUCUCGCUGCCUCCUCAACGACAUUCAGGAAGGGGCGUUCCAAGGCCUAUACAGCCUCGAAUGGUUGCAUUUGAACGAAAACAAACUUGCCACCCUCAAAGGCUUAAGAUACUUCCCCAACACCCUCAAAGGAGUGCAAUUCCAGGAUAAUCCGUGGAACUGCGACUGUCAUCUCGUUGAGUUCCAAAAGUACGUGAAAGAAACUAACACACCGAAUUCAAUGGCACCAAUUUGCACCAACCCUCAAAAGCUGAUGAAACACAACUUGAAAUUGAUUCCACCCGAAGAACUUGCGUGUCUUCCAGAAAUAUCCCCGACAACGUUCUAUUUGGAGGUUAGCGAAGGCCGCAAUAUAUCUUUGAUAUGCCAUGCCAAGGCGUCACCGGAAGCGAAGGUGUCUUGGUGGUUCAAAGGUCAGUUGAUACAAAACGACACAAUGGUAGCACCAGGUAUUCAUCUGAUCUACUUUGUGGAGGAUGGAUCCGAAGAUAAACGAAGCGAGUUGUUUAUAUUCAACACGAACGAAGAGGAUAAUGGAACUUUCAUUUGCGUUGCUGAAAAUCCCGCAGGACUGGGCCAGGCAAAUUUCACAAUACGCGUUGUUCUUAGGAAAGUUGACGGGGAGAUUCCAUUGGAACCACAACUGGAUAUUAUUCUGAUUUUGAUUUCCACUGGGGUAGUGACAGGGGUACUUCUGCUGUGUAUUCUGUGCAUUUCCAUUGUGAGGUGUCAUAGGAAUAGGUUGUUGAAGAAGAGGAUUGAUUCGAAAGUGACUCUGAGUAACUCGACUAAAGAUAGUCUGCUGCAGGAGAGUAUAGAUGAGUAUCCUGAGAGUUUGAGAGGAAGUUCGAAGCUGACUUCACAUUACGAGGAAGAAACGGAGCUUUAUACCUCUCAGAAGGGUAAUAUUACGCAUUCUAUCUCCCCAACAUCUACAUCCAACCAAGCCAGAAGUCCCUUAUCUUUGAAUCGCUACAAUAUGGAACAAAACCCAGAUCUGAUCAACGGAACGGACGGGGUAUCAGAAACAGGCCGGCAAGCAUGCGCUUCUAAGAGCCGUAUGUCAAAUUACGCGACAGAUUUCAGGAGGAACGACUUCGGCCUCAGCUCGCUGAACCCGAUCAAUCUCGUCGGCGGGCCUUCGGCUGAGCAAUUAAAUGUAAAUUGCUAUAAAACCCUGCCCUAUAAGAGGGAGAAGCCGGGCCUGGUAUGCAGGUAUUCUUUGGAGGCCGAAUUCAUAGCUCAGCCCACUCAUUUGGAACCCUUCGCGAAUCUACGGUACACCGCAGACGGUUACCCCGUUCGGACCAUACCGUAUUUCCAGCCUUCCACGAUCGAGACGUGCUGCGCGUCUAUUAGGUGGCCACCCUGUUUGCCCGCCAAUUUUGCGGAAGUCCAAGGUAACGCUUUAAUGAAGUGCGUGGGUGCUCAAACCGAAGAACUUAAACGCGAUCCCGAAGAAACGGUCGAUAACAGAACGGACCAGAGUGAACGUGAGCCCGAGGUGUUCGAGGACGUCGAAAAUAAGGAUCUGUCAGAUGUUAAAUGUUAGUUUUUCUCAUAUGAGGCAGCUUUGAGUCGAAGUGCGUGUUCGAUUUUCUCUCUGCGAAAACUGGAACGUAAAAACUAAAGACUAUUUGUAAUCCGAUGAUAUUGAAGUAAAG